AUGACGACCUUUACGUCCUUUCUGGGAGUGGACGCUGCUGAGAAUGAAUGCAAAUAUAUUAAAAAGAAACUCAUAGGAACGGGCUCGUAUGGAGAGGCAUGGUUGGUUGAACGUCUGGAAGAUCACUCCAUAUUUGUGGCCAAAUUGAUGGAUUUGGGAAAAAUGUCUUCUCGGGACAAGCAGUACGCCUAUAGUGAAAUUAAGUGUUUGGCAAAUUGUAAUCAUCCGAACAUCAUUCGUUUUAUUGAGGAUCACGAGGAAAACGAUCAGCUGCUUAUUAUUAUGGAGUUUGCCGAUUCUGGGGAUCUUGAUAGGCAAAUAAAGGCGCGGUCUCAUGAUAGUUUCCGCCAUUUUCGAGAGCAUGAGGCAUUAUUUCUAUUCCUGCAACUUUGCCUUGCUUUGGACCACAUUCACAGUCACAAGAUGCUCCACCGGGAUAUCAAAAGUGCAAAUAUUCUUCUUACUUCGACAGGGUUAAUUAAGCUUGGUGACUUUGGCUUUAGCCAUCAGUACGAUGACACUGUCUCGGGUGUGGUUGCAAACACAUUUUGUGGGACACCUUACUACUUGGCACCCGAAAUAUGGAACAAUCAAAGGUAUAGUAAAAAGGCCGAUGUAUGGUCUUUGGGCGUUUUAUUAUAUGAAAUUAUAACGCUCAAAAGGCCCUUUACUGCCACCAACAUGAAAGGAUUGAUGGCAAAGGUUCUUGGCGGUGAUUACGCCCCGAUUUCUGAGAAUUUUUCGACACAACUACGAGAUCUGGUGCGUGCCAUUCUUGUUGUUGAUGCAAAUCAACGGCCUAGUAUUCGGGAAGUAUUUCAACUCCCAUAUGUGAAGGAAGGAUUAAAAGUUUUUAGGCAAAUUGUCAAGAAGAAUACACGGAUUGUAGAGACUGUGAAGGAGGCAAUGAUCUCUCACGUGUCUGAAAUUCUUUCUUCAGCGCCUGACUCAGAGCCGCGCAGUGGCCUAGUGGGUCAAAUCAAUUUGGAUGUGUCAUUUAAGGGCUACGUAAAGAAGCUGGGUAGUGGGAGUGUUCAUUCUUGGAAAGAGAGGUUUCUGCAGAUCUCUCGCGGUGUGCUGAUUUUAUCAGAGAGUGAGGCGGAUCGGGAGGGAAAGGCGUUGAGUCUGGAACAGGUUCAAAGCGCAUGCCCGGUGCCGAUUUGUACGGCCAAGAGGGAGUUUGUUUUUGCUCUUAACACCAUCGGCGGUAAGUCGAUGUGGUUUCAAGCCGAAUCCCAUGAAAAAAUGGAAAUGUGGAUUCAUGCGAUUCAGCAAGGGCUUGGAGUUUCGUGA